AUGUCCAUCUCUCUCCAAAACGUAUACGGUGGUGUCCCAAAUACCGAAAGAGGCCGUCCAACUUUUAUUUCUGCUGCUCCUGCCUCCAAGUCUGGUAAAUUCACCUAUGGUUCUGGAACCAAUGUUUUGAUCCGUGAUUUGAACAAUUUGCUUUCUAUUGACUAUUAUACUCAACACACUCAUAAGGUCAAUGUUGCAAAGUUCGCACCAACAGGUUUUUACAUUGCUUCAGGAGAUGAGUCAGGUAAUGUUCGUAUUUGGUCAACUGAAAAUGCUGACAAGACCAUCAAAUUGGAAAAGCGUGUCUUGUCAAAGAGUGUUCGUGAUUUGGCUUGGACUGGUGAUUCCCAACGUGUUGUUGCUGUUGGUGAUGGUAAACAAGAAUACGGAGCUGUUUUUGCUUAUGAUAUGGGUACUAAUACUGGUGAAAUUUCUGCUCACUCAAAGGAAGUUCUCACUUGUGAUUCUCGUCCAGAAAGACCAUUCAGAAUUGCCACUGGUGGUGCUGAUUUGUCUUUGAACUUUUUCACUGGUCCUCCAUUCAAGUUCUCUCACUCAAACAAGGAUCACGAACGUUUCAUUAACUGUAUUCGUUAUUCACCAGACGGAAGUACUUUUGCUUCUUGCUCAUCUGAUAAGAAGGUUAUUUUCUUUGAAGGAAAGACUGGUGAAAAACUUGGUGAAUUGUCUCAAACCAAUGGUCACAAGCUCUCAAUCUAUGGUUUGUCCUAUUUGGACAACAAGCAUAUUGUCACUGCUUCUGGUGAUAAGUCUGUCAAAUUGUGGAAUAUUGAUACUAAGGAAUGUGUUGCUACCACUGUUAUUGGAGAUUCUACCAAUGAUAUUCAAGUUGGUGUUUCAGUAAUUGCUGGUGUUCCUGUUUCAAUUUCUUUGAACGGUGAUUUGAACGUUCUCUCUAAGGAUUGUACUCGUGUUGAAAGAAAGAUUUUGGGUCACAAUGCUCGUGUCAACAAGAUUGUUGUUGAUAAGAAAUCUGGUGGUAAAUUCUUCUACACUUGUUCAACUGGUGGUCAAUUGAUUAAAUGGGAAGUUGGUGUUGGUAGUGUUGCUAAGGUUCAAGGAAAUGGGCACCAAGAUGUUACUAUUAAUACUAUGGCUAUUGCUGGUGACAAGUUGAUUACUGCUGCUCAAAAUAACGAAGUUCGUUUGGUCAAUCUUUCAGAUUUCACAUAUGUUGGUGAUGCCACUACUUUGCUCGGUUCUCCAAAUGAUGUUUCUGUCUCUGCUGAUGGAAAUUUGGUUGCCAUCUCAACUCACGUUGGUGCUACUUUGCUCUCUGCUGAUGGUAAGAUUUUGUCUGAAGUCAAGAUUGAUAAGGAUCCACAAUCUAUCUCAAUUAAGCCUGAUGGUAGUGAAAUUGCUGUUGGUUGUAAGGAUAAGAAGAUUCGUGUUUAUAAGGUUGCUGGUCAAAAGAUUGUUGACGGUGCCACUGAACUUGCUGAAAACACAGCCAAGAUUCAAAAGGUUUCUUACUCUCCAGAUGGUGCUCUUUUAGCUUCAGCUGAUAGUGCUUAUGAUGUUGUUAUUUUUGAUACUGCAUCAUGGAAACCAAAGUAUUCCAACAUGACUUAUCACUCAUCUGCUGUUGUUGAUGUCGAUUGGUCUGAUGAUAGCAAGUAUAUGCUUACUUGUUCACUUGAUAAGAACUUGAUUGUUUGGGAUCUUGCUGCUGGUAAGAGAGUUAAGACUGACAUGGCUCACCAUUUGGGUGUUUCCACUUGUGCAUUCAUUGAUAGUGAAACAUUUGUUUCUGGUGGUGAAGAUUUCAUGUGUAAGACCUGGAAGUUCUCCGUCUAAAUUCAAUGCCCAAAUAAAAUGUAAAAUAAAUUGUACAGUUCUU